AUGGAGUGCCGGUUCCCCAGUAAGAGGAAUUCCUGGGUGAGGUGACUGCAGCGUUGACGUUAAGUCAAGCGACGUGAAGAAGGAUUAUAUACACGCAGCCGGGAGAGAUUGAGGUAGAUGAGAUCAUGAGGGGGAAGGAGAAACGAAAAGACCAGGCGAGAAGCAGCACUAUUUCAAGGCAAAAUGUCGGCCCUCCUUUAGGAUUCAGGGAGGAAUCACGCAGAAUGCCCAACUGUGAUCCAAUCACGAGCGUUUCGAAGCCACUGCUAGACCAAGAUAAAAUUAUCGUGCGAAUAAAGCCAGUUGUUCCAACCAAGGGGAAUCAGGCCGACUACCGCAGGCUGGCCUGCAUCCAUUCGCAUGGCGUCCAGACAACAAUGAAUGCCCAGUCUUCGCCCCUCGCCAGAGGCCCAUGGCGGAUACUCUUUCGGUGAAGCUAGAUCGAAGCUAGCGACGAGGGGAAGUUGCUCAGAGGGACCGCCAGGUCACCGUGGGGGAGGCCGGCGGACGGUGCGGUAGGUGGCCCUGCCCAUGGCGGACGGGGCGCCUAUCAGGAAACGGUGGGGAAAGCGUCGGAGCCAG